UAUUUUUUUCAAUUUUGUUUAUGUCAGCUUCCUCUUUCCUUUUCGUUUUCAGUCAUCUUCUUGCACUUGGAGGCGCGGCUCAAAUCUCUCUCUCUCUCUCUCUCUCUCACACACACACACACACCCCCUUCGUGCAAACGCCAAAUUAGAGCAACACGAAUCCAGGUUUUGGUUGGUAAUGCUAUAUAAAGGAUUUUUCACUUGGAGUACGUUGUGGGAUUUGCAAAGCACUAAGCAAGGUUUUCUCUAGAAUGGCUAAUUACUAUGACCUUGAUGAUAUUAUUGCUGAGGAAGAGCGUGUUUCGGUUGUGUUCCGAAAGGCAGUAAAUGGGGUGGGAAUUGAUGCCAGCGCCGAAACGGAUUGUGUUGAAAUAGAUUCCAAGGUAGAGCUGCCUUUCUGGCUUGCUCAUGAGUUAUACCUACGAAAAGUAGUAAAACUGAAGGUUCCUACCUGUUUCAAUCAAAAAACUAGGCUGGAACUUGGGGCUGAUGCUGCAUGUGUGGAUCUGAGAUCUCGAUGUCCAUACUUCUACGAAUUUGGAUGCAAGAUAGCACGGUUGUUCAAUUCCUGUGAGCCAGAGACGAGGGUUGAGGGUAGGGAUUUGGGAUCUUUCCUGUUAUCUGCAUUUGAGAACAGAUAUAAGGAAGUCCUAGCCAAGGCACACUCUGCAGCAUUCGCAGCGGCUUCCAAAUGCUUUACACUCCUAACAAAAGAAGAAACCACCAUGUAUGAGGCAGCUCAAUCUUCGAUGGCGGCUUUUAAGAAAUGGAGGAUGGGUGGUCCUAGAUUCCAGAAAGCAUCCAUACUUGGAAGGAAAAGGAAACCAACCGACUAGUGUCUAUUUCUAACCUAAUUAUAUGCAUCUCUUUUGCAUUUUUAUAGCUUUUGCACAUGCAUGAGAAAUUGAUAUGUAUUUGACUUGUAUUUUUCAAUCAUAUUCUAAUAUAUUUAGUUCUGUUUAUAUUUCA